AUGAAUUCGUCAAUGUAUUUAAAUGUCAAAAAUAGUCAACAAAUUUGUAUUUAUCUGCUAAAUUUUAAUUCGUUUUCACUCAAUAUCUCGCUGUAAUAAUUUGGUGACGAUGACAACUUAAUGUGUAAUUUACUUAACUCGUUAAAUCAAAGAAAAUUAAGCUAUUUUGCCGUUUCAAUAAUUCCAUGCAAAAUUAAUUAUGAAAAAUUAUGGUUUGACCUGUCGUUUCAGUAAAUGUAACAUUUUUAGUGUACAAAAUGCAACAUUUUCAUUGUGUAGUAAAUGUUGAUGACUGAAUUAAUUGAUAUUGUUCACACGUACCUGAAACAUAGAGAAUCAUUCUGAUUUCAUUCGUUGCAUACUCAACAAGCAUAUAUUAGUGACGUCAUAUUGUUAUGUACUGAAAAUUUCUGCCUGGCCUCUUCCCAGCCAGACAAUUUUUCCCUGAUUUUCUGAUACCAUUCACUGUUUGAUUUGAUUCAUUGAAUGAUCGCUCUAUUGAUUCCAAAAUUUUAUUGCUCUAGAAACGAAAACGAACGAAAACAUUGAAUGAUUCCUGACAUCGACUAAAAACUGAAUCUCUUGAGCUGUUAUGAGCACAAACGAAAAUCUCGAUACCGUUACGCAAGAAUCUCACGAGGAAGUGAUCUGUGAUAUAGAUAAUAUAGAAAUAAAUGAUGAAACGGAAUAUUUCGAUUGCAAUGGAUCAGAUAGUCCGAAGAAACAGGAAGAAACGACGCAAAGUAAUGUGAUAAAGACUGAAUCGACACCUUCAAUAUGCGAAGUACCAUUUGUCGACGCCACCGAUACCAUCAUUGCAAAUUCCGAAAAUGACAUUCCAGCGAUUUCACCGUCGACUGCAUCACCAGCUAUGAAUCAUAUUGAUUCGUGUUCGUCGGCAUCAUCAGCUCCACAUUCCGGUGUCCGUAGGAAAUCGAAGCCAGUUCUACCACCCGAACAAGAGAUUAGCACUAGUGGCACGAAAAAGAAGAUCCGUCCGAACGGAUCGCUGCGAUCACCAUCAUCGUCGUCCGUUAAUAAUGAAUAUUACACCAUUUGGUCGGCUAGGGAGAAUUACAGUAUGGAUGACGAUGCCGUGUUGGACGACAUCGUUUCACCAUUACCGCAUCGAUCGCCAACAUCGGUAGCUGUAAUAAUUCAACAACAUCGACCGCUUGAAAGAUCGUGGCCACCAAAAAUGCAGCGGUCGAGUAAAUCGAAUACGGAUUCAUUUAGCUUUGAUAUAAUCGAUACGGAUGAUGAACCGUUGUUUUGUGGUGGCGAUGUAGCCCGUGACUGUGAUCAAGUAGAUUUUAUUCCUGGCGAAUUUUUCGAAGAAAGACGACAUGCUGGGGAUGGACAGGCGCAAAAAAUUUCUAAAAAUUUAGACGAUAGUGCACCUCUAGCCACUCCAGAAACUGACGGAAGUCUCUCGGAAAGUAAUGUUUUAAGGCUAGGCGCACCUGCUAGACAAUUCGAAACCAUUAAGCUAAAACCGUUACUCAAGAAAAAAAUCGGACCAGACAAUUACAUUAGUACAAUUUUAUCACAAAAGGUAGUUCAAUCACCUCCUCCGAUUUCGAUGUACUCAUUUCCGCAAGACGACUUACCGGGAACGAGUGUGGAUCGAUCUAACAUAGAAAAUUCGUACGAUGGCAAUGGAAUCGUCGGAGAAUUCAUACCUCUAAAGCCUCAUAAACCACUUUCUCGUCAAAUUUCAAAUGGAUCGUCCAAAUACCAACCUCAUGACGAGCCCAAUAGGCACUUUGCAUUAUGUCGCAAGCCGUCUUCUCGAUCUCCUCGACAACGAAGCCCACCGUCUGGUUCUUCCACACGUUCUGCUUCGCCGUUGGAUCAUCAAUUGUCAUCGCCAGAUGGAGCAGCUUCACCUGUUGCUCAUUCAAAACCUAUCCGACCUCAGCCGAGAACCCUAACUCGAGUCGGCGGAUGUAACGCUAUCUGUCCACCAACUCCAACACAUCAUGCACGCAGAUUAAGAUCCUUAUCGGAUGGAUUAGGUGGACCACCUGAGCUAAGAUCACGUGAAAUAUUUUCGCCAGAAACAGUAACGUCACCAGAGAUCAGAGUCGCGGAUAUUGUACCGUUGACAAGACGAUCCGACUAUUUGCGAACUUCGGAAAUACGUGAAAUACGAGAGAGCGGUGAAGGAGAAUCUUCGAUGAUGCACAUGUCGGGUACCAGACUGCCAUCGAUUCCGGAGCGUGCUGUUGUUACAGAUAAUGAUGAUCCUUUACCUCCAGCUUGGGAAGCACGCAUGGACAGUCAUGGCAGAAUAUUUUACAUUGAUCAUACGACGAGAACAACUAGCUGGCAACGACCUGGUGGUACGGGAAUUUUAGUUACUGGCUCUGGCAGAGAACAACAUCGUCAACAGUUAGACAGGCGAUAUCAAUCCAUCAGACGUACUAUAACGUGCGAACGAAGGGAUCAAAUGUCCUUACCAUCGUCUCGAAUCGAAAAUUCUGAAUCUGGCGGACGAAGUGCUGAAUCAAACAACGAUGAUACUCAUCCGGCUAUUAUAAUGCUUUGUAGGCCGGACUUUUACUCAAUGCUGCAUACAAAUCAGGAUGCGUUGACCGUAUACAAUCGAAACACAGCAUUGAAACAUAUGGUUCUAAGGGUUCGACGCGAUCCAAACUGUUUCGAACGAUAUCAGUACAAUAAAGAUCUGGUCGCGUUAGUCAACUCUUUUGCGGUGUUAACCAAAGACUUGCCCACUGGAUGGGAAACGAAAUUGGAUCAGACUGGAAAGCAAUUUUUUAUCGAUCAUUUGAAACGUAGGACAUCGUUCAUGGAUCCUCGUUUACCAAUUGAUUGUCCGAGGAUAAGACUUCGUCAUCAUGAUUUCGACGCUGCACCGGCGUUGCCUCCACGACCAACUGUUAUGCCAAGACCACCAAUUAAUUCGCCCGAAAUUCCCGUCGCAUACAAUGAUAAGGUGAUUGCUUUCCUACGUCAACCAAACAUAUUGGAGAUACUGAAGGAGCGUCAUGGUCAAUCUGCCGUUUCUCGUUCACUUCGCGAAAAAAUCAAUGCUGUGCGAGUUGAAGGUGUAGCGGCAUUGGAUCGUCUCGGACAUGAUCUGCAACUAACGAUUCUAUUAAGCCUCUUCGAGCAAGAAAUAAUGAGCUAUGUUCCAGUUCAACCAAGAAGUCCACAAGGUUCACCAAACUUGUGUAACGGCCGGAUGACUCAGCGAGCACCGCCACCAUUUCGCAGAGACUUUGAAGCUAAGCUUAGGUCAUUUUAUAGAAAAUUAGAAUCGAAAGGUUAUGGUCAAGGUCCACAUAAACUAAAACUUCACAUCAGACGAUCGCAUUUAUUGGAAGAUGCAUUCCGACGAAUCAUGUCAGCUAACAAAAAGGAUUUACAGCGUGGCCGUUUAGCUGUUCUUUGGGAUACCGAAGAGGGCUUAGACUAUGGCGGUCCAUCGAGAGAAUUCUUUUUCCUACUGUCUAGAGAGCUAUUUAAUCCGUACUAUGGUCUAUUUGAAUACUCAGCAAAUGAUACAUAUACCGUUCAAGUAUCACCAAUGUCAACCUUUGUCGACAACUGCCACGAUUGGUUCCGAUUCAGUGGUCGAGUUUUGGGACUAGCCUUAGUUCAUCAAUACUUAUUGGACGCUUUUUUCACCCGACCAUUUUAUAAGGCGUUGUUAAGGUUACCAGUUUCUUUGAGUGAUCUAGAAUCAUUAGAUAAUGAAUUUCACCAAUCACUACAAUGGAUACGUGACAAUGAUAUUGGCUCGGGCAGCAGUUUGGGAUUGACAUUUUGCGUAACAGAGGAACUACUCGGCAGAAUUGUUGAACGGGAAUUGAAAACUGGGGGAAAGUCGAUGGUAGUGACGGAAAAAAACAAGAAAGAAUAUUUGGAGAGAAUGGUCAAAUGGAGGCUAGAACGAUCGAAGGAACAAACCGAUUCGCUGGUUCGUGGCUUCUACGAAGUGGUCGACCCAAGACUAGUAUCGGUAUUCGACGCUCGAGAAUUGGAAUUGGUCAUUGCAGGCACGGCUGAAAUUGACAUUAACGACUGGCGCGCCAAUACCGAAUAUCGAAGCGGCUAUCACGACGGUCACCAGGUGAUCGUAUGGUUCUGGCAAGUGAUCGAAAAAAUCACAAACGAACAGCGUCUAAGAUUGCUGCAAUUCGUAACGGGAACGUCCAGUAUACCGUAUGAGGGCUUUUCAGCGUUGCGCGGUUCGACCGGUCCCCGGCGAUUCUGUAUUGAAAAAUGGGGCAAACCGAACGCUCUGCCAAGAGCGCAUACAUGCUUCAAUCGGUUGGAUUUGCCGCCGUAUCCGACACCGGAUAUAUUGCAUGAAAAACUAUUGCUUGCUGUUGAGGAAACAAACACGUUCGGCAUUGAGUAAAAUUGAAUAAUGUGUGUGUGUGUUUGGCGUGAGAGCGUGUGUAUUACGAUAUGGACCCGGGGCCUGAUUUAUAGUUUCUAUAUUUAGUUUUGUGAUAUCGGUCCGGGUCGAGCAUCAUGCCUCACAAACUUAUAUGUUGACUGAUAAAUGUUAAUUGAUAUUAUGAAAACAAUUUAUACAAACGAAUCAAACGUCUUACAGCUAAAAAGCCUAAGCCUAUUUAAUUAACCGAUAAACAAUUUAAAAUAUAAAAGCAAAAAACAAUAAAUUCAAACCAGACGAAAAGGACUUACACGUCGAGUUACUUUUUAAAGGAAAUUUUAUUAACAAAAUC